CCUUCUCCCUCCCUCACUGCUUGUCCGGCCACUCUGGCCAUGGCUUCCCCGGGCACGGCUCAUCGGAGCGGACUGCUGGAGCUGCGCUGUCCCGGGGAGCGCUGGCUGCGGGUGUUGCUGCUGCUCGGGGAAGAGACUCUGAGCUUCACCCCGGAGUCUGAGCCUGGGGCAGCGGAGGAGAAGGCGGUAAACUGCGCGGAACCUGCUGGAGGCGUCCCGGAGUCUGUGAUUAACCUGCGCCGGACUGUCCGGGUAGUGAAGCAGGAUGCGGGCGGGCUGGGAGUCAGCAUUAAGGGUGGCAAGGAGAACAAGAUGCCCAUCCUUAUCUCCAAGAUUUUCAAGGGCUUGGCUGCUGACUUGACAGGAUCAUUAUAUGUGGGGGACGCCAUCCUAUCUGUUAAUGGGCUAGACCUGUCAGAGGCCACUCAUGAUGAUGCUGUGCAGGUGCUAAAGAAGAACGGAAAGGAGGUGGUACUGGAAGUAAAGUACAUGAAGGAAAUAUCACCGUAUUUUAAGGGCUCUCCCCCGAGUGGCUCACCUACGGCCACUUUACAGAAGAGAGGAUCCCCCGCACUCCCGCCCCGGGAAUAUAAAGACGGAAAGAGCAUCCCGCUGAGGAUGUGCUAUGUAACCCGUCGAUUUUUACCAGCAGAUGCAGAGCCCAGAUACCUUGAGAUCUGCUCAGCAGACGGAAGGGACGUGCUGUUCUUUCGGGCAAAGGAUGAAGGUAUGGCCCAAUCCUGGUUUAAUGCCAUCCACACCAACGCCAGUGCUCUGACCCCCCGUGUGCGGGAGGAUGUGAAACAGCUAUUAGGCAAAGACAUCAAACAGAUGGGCUGGCUUACUGAGCAGCUCACCCAGGAUGGAAACCGCAAUCUGCUGGCCAUUCUCACAGAGAAGGAUCUCCUGCUGUACAACAGCCUUCCGCACUCCAGAGAGGGCUUUAGCAAACCUGCAUUCUUUCACCCACUUAUUGCCACCAGACUGGUACAUUCUGGGCCCUCAAAAAGUUCUCCUCUCUACGAAACUGAGCUGGCAUUUGCUUUGCGCUCUGGUACCCAGAAAGGGGUGGAAACACACCUUUUCAGUGUAGAGACGCAGCGGGAGCUGGCAACCUGGACACGGACGCUGGUGGACGGCUGUCACAGUGCAGCUGAACUUAUAAAGGAGGUGACCACAGCAUGUACAUGGGAUGGGAAUGAGUGUGCACUGUCUAUACACAUUGAUCAAGGUUUCACUCUCUUUGUGGAGGAACCCGGCCUUAACAAGGUGAUACACUUCCACCAGCCAUUUGAGAAGCUCCGUAUGUCUUCUGAUGAUGGGGUCAGAAUGCUGUAUCUGGAAUUCGGCAAUCCUGAGGCAGAACUUCAACUCGAUCUGCACUCCUGUCCAAAAACCAUUGUCUUCAUCAUUCACUCCUUCCUGUCGGCCAAAGUGUCCCGCCUUGGCCUUUACACCUAGGAUAUGGCAAAAGGUUGCAAUCUUGGAAAAGUCCCUCGUGUCCAUGGGCUAACCAAAAUUAAUCCCUAAAAGGUGCUGGACAGUAAGUCCAAAGUAAACAGCUCUCUGAAAUGAAUUAAAUUCACACAAAUGAUAUUUUUACUCGCCCAAUGGCCAUAUUAACCACUUUUUAAUUAUGUCUGGAUAAGUUUAUUGCCAAGGAAAUGUGAAACCAUUUUUGUCUUUAUGCGAUUAUGUUUGCAAAUUCUUUGCGAGUUGCAGUUCCGCUAACCAUGAAUUAUAGUGCCUUAUAAAUAAAUAUAUAUUUCUUUCUUAAAAAGUUUAAUGCCAUGGCUUCAGUGAGAAUCCAUGUCAGUCAUUCUGAUAUACAGUGGGUUUUUUAGGGGACAAACAGAAGUACUGUGCCUUUAAAUGACCAAUAUCUGCUACACAUAAUAUACAGCAGCACAAAUUCCAAUUAACAAUCUGGUUUCAUUGUUCCCCGUUCUGAGCACAGGUUAGGGUUUGUUAUAAAAUAUUAAUAUAUAUAUAUUCACAAAUGAGCAUAGAGGCAGAAAUAUAUCUAGUUUUAUUAUUUAAUAUUAAAUGAGCUAUCCAACAUGACUGCAUAAGCUGCAUUAGAACAAGGGCAUUUGAGGUUUAUUUUGGUUAAUUUUACAAAUUAUUCAGCGUGUGGAUAUUUAUAUAUAUAUGUGAAUAUAUUUCAGUUUCAUAAUCCUCAUCAUUUGGAAAGGAAUGGAGGAAUUGACUUGCCCUUCAGAGUUGUACAAUAAACAGUAAAAUGUCUGAGCAAAAGGAUCUGUUACAUUAUUUGUGCAACAAUACAGUAUUUGUGUGGGAUGAA